UGAAACUGCGGGGCAGCGCGAACGCAGCCUGGUGCAACCCCCGGCGCCGCUGCCCUUAAGGUGGUUUUCGUGAUCCUGUUGCUAGGAUUAAGCCUUUUGCGUUGCCGCAUGGAGAGUCUUUUGUUUGAGUUAAAUUCAGACCUCUUGAUAUGUCACCUGACAGUCUUGUGGUUUUGGAUGAAUAUGGCUCAUUGCUAUUAUUAACCUGAGUUGGCAGCCGGGCACAACAGGAGUUUAUAGGGAUUUCGAAAAGUGGAACUGCUCGGGGGACAAAGAUGCUUCCCAGCUGGCCUUUGCCAGAGUUUGACCCAAGUCAGAUCCGACUGAUCGUGUAUCAGGACUGCGAGAGAAGGGGACGGAAUGUCUUGUUUGACUCCAGCGCUAAAAGGAAAAUAGAGGAUGUUUCAGUGUCGAAACUCUGCAGUGAUGCUCAGGUGAGAGUGUUUGGGAAAUGUUGCCAACUGAAGCCUGGAGGAGACAGCUCUUCUUCCUUGGAUAGCUCAAUCAAUUCAUCCUCCUCGUUCUCUGAUCCAAAAGAACAAUGCCCAAAAUACCAGGGUUCUCGGUGCUCCUCAGAUGCCAACAUGCUUGGAGAGAUGAUGUUUGGCUCUGUGGCCAUGAGCUACAAGGGCUCCACACUGAAAAUUCACCAGAUCCGCUCCCCUCCCCAGCUCAUGCUCAGCAAGGUGUUCACGGCGCGCACGGGGAGCAGCAUCUACGGCAGCCUCAACACGUUGCAGGACAGUCUUGAGUUCAUUAAUCAAGACAGCAAUACAUUAAAGCCUGACCACAGUACAAUUAUGAAUGGACUUCUUGGGAAUAUAGGUCUUUCCCAGCUUUGCAGCCCCAGGCGGGCAUUCUCAGAGCAAGGUCCGCUCCGCCUCAUCCGGAGCGCCUCUUUCUUUGCAGUUCAUAGCAACCCUAUGGAUAUGCCUGGGAGGGAGCAGAAUGAGGACAGAGACAGCGGAAUAGCAAGAUCUGCAUCUCUUAGCAGUCUGCUCAUCACUCCGUUCCCGUCCCCGGGCUCCUCGUUUAACAAAAGCUGUGCUAGCAGCUACCAGCGGCGUUGGCGUCGCAGCCAGACUACCAGCCUGGAGAACGGGGUCUUCCCUCGAUGGUCCAUGGAUGAAAGUUUCAACUUGUCAGAUGACAGCUCUGGUCCAAGCCCGGGAAUUGUUAGGAAGAAAAAGAUAGCAAUUGGGGUUAUUUUUUCUCUCUCAAGAGAUGAAGAUGAAAACAACAAAUUCAACGAGUUCUUCUUCUCACACUUCCCUCUUUUUGAGAGCCACAUGAACAAACUGAAGAGUGCAAUAGAACAGGCUAUGAAAAUGAGUCGGAGAUCAGCUGAUGCCAGCCAGCGGAGUUUGGCCUAUAACAGGAUUGUGGAUGCCCUGAAUGAAUUCAGAACCACCAUUUGCAACCUGUACACGAUGCCCCGGAUCGGGGAGCCCGUGUGGCUCACCAUGAUGUCAGGGACACCCGAGAAGAACCAGCUCUGCCACCGCUUCAUGAAGGAGUUCACGUUCCUGAUGGAAAACGCUUCCAAGAACCAGUUUUUACCAGCUUUGCUGACUGCAGUGCUGACUAACCACCUGGCCUGGGUCCCCACCGUCAUGCCCAAUGGCCAGCCGCCCAUAAGGAUCUUCCUGGAGAAGCAUUCUUCCCAGAGCGUGGACAUGCUGGCCAAAACCCAUCCCUACAACCCUCUGUGGGCACAGCUUGGUGACCUCUAUGGGGCUAUUGGAUCACCCGUGAGAUUAGCAAAAACAGUUGUGGUUGGCAAAAGGCAUGACCUGGUCCAGAGAUUGCUUUACUUCCUCACAUACUUCAUCAGAUGCUCUGAACUUCAAGAGACACAUCUUCUGGAGAACGGGGAAGACGAGGCCAUCGUCAUGCCCGGCACUGUUAUCACUACCACGCUGGAGAAAGGAGAAGUGGAGGAGUCCGAGUAUGUGCUCGUCACAAUGCACAAGAACAGGGGCAACCUGCUGCCCACGGAGCCUGAGGAGACGAGAGCUCCCAACUGCAGUUGUAAAUACUGCAAAUGUCCCCCUUCCCUCGCACAGAACAUCGAAGGUGUUUCACAGCUGGAGCGAGAGGACCCGCAGAGCACUCCCAAGGGAGAGCUGGAGGCCUCCUCUGAUGAGAGCAGGACCAUCGUCGCUGAGGACGGGCAGGAGGAGGCUGUGGAUGGGAACCAGCCGAGGCCCUGCGCGGACCCCAAGCUGGAGGCCGUGGUGUGCGCGGGCUCGGCCCCUCCCGAGGCGCGUGGGGGGACAGAGGGCGGCUCUGAGGGCGCGGGGCAGGCGUGGGGGGGCUCGGAGGGGCUGGAGCCGGGCAGCCCCGUGGGCGGGGGCACCCGCGCCGCCGGCGAGAAGAAGCCUCCCGACAAGCUCUUCUGCGACGCCUUCCCGCGCGGCGCCGAGGCCCAGACAAAGGUGACUUUCCUCAUCGGAGAUUCCAUGUCACCUGACUCAGACAUCGAGCUGAGGAGUCAGGCAGUAGUGGAACAAAUUGCCAGGCAUCACAGCCCGCCAGCAGCGGAGGCAGCAGUGUCUGCUGAUCAGAACUGUGAAGCUAAACAAACUGUUGAGGACCAAAAUAGAGACUGUGGGACAGCUGAACCCUUUCCUCAAGUUGCUAGUGAGCAUCAGAGCUGGAACCCAAACCCGUGCAGUGCUGAGAGCAUGAGCCUGUUUGACGAGUAUUUCCCUGAUGACAGUUCAGUUGAAACCCGGACUAUUGAUGAUAUUCCAGGGCAAGCAGCUACGGACCUUCUUGCUCGCAACAGUAGUUUAGAAUUUUCUAAAAAGCUGUGUACAAAGGCUUGCAAACCACCUAGUGAAUUUUGUAAAUUCAUGGACUCUGUUCGACAAGAGACCUACAAAAACUGCUUUAAUGAGCAGGACCAAAGAGAGAAAAUCUCUAUUCGUGUCCCCCAUGGGGACAGAGAAAACGUAGAGAAAAAAGUCGCCCCGGGAAUUGAUUGGGACAUUCCAAGAAAUGAGAGUUCAGACAGUGCCCUGGGGGACAGCGAGAGCGAGGAUACAGGCCACGAUCUGACUAGACUGGGCAGUAACUAUUAUGGAGGAGAGCAAGAGGAUUGGGCAGAGGAAUAUGAGAUUCCCUUCCCUGGGUCAAAAUUAGUUGAAGUGAACUCUGUCCAGCCCAGUAUUGCCAAUUUUGGAAGAUCCCUACUAGGAGGCUACUGUUCAUCUUAUGUCCCCGACUUUGUUUUGCAAGGAAUAGGAAGUGAUGAGAAGCUGAGACACUGUUUGGUGUCAGAUUUGUCUCAUGCUGUGCAGCACCCUGUUCUGGACGAGCCCAUUGCAGAGGCCGUCUGCAUUAUUGCAGACACGGACAAGUGGACGGUGCAAGUGGCCAGCAGCCAGAGAAGAAUGAUUGACAACAAACUGGGAAAAGAAGUGUUAGUCUCCAGUCUCGUCUCCAACCUGCUUCAUUCCACUCUUCAGCUUUACAAGCAUAAUUUAUCUCCAAACUUUUGUGUGAUGCACCUGGAGGAUCGGCUGCAGGAGCUCUACUUCAAAAGCAAGAUGCUGUCUGAGUAUCUCAAGGGCCAGAUGAGAGUCCACGUGAAGGAGCUGGGCGUGGUGCUGGGGAUCGAAUCCAGCGACCUCCCUCUGCUGGCAGCUGUAGCGAGCACUCACUCUCCCUACGUUGCCCAGAUCCUGCUUUAACGUGCCAGAGGCCACGGACUUCAACUCUUUGCCUCUCUGGAAACAAAGUGGAAGACAACUUGUUCUGGCUCCUUUCUCUUCGCAGCAAUUCAAACAAACUGCUGGUUGAGCUGCAGCACCUCCAUAAAUGACUGCACAGGGUGCAAACAGCUGGAGACUUCUCCUCUCCCACUCGGCCAUUGAUAGAAAAGGACAAAGAAAGGAAUCGAGAAAACUGAGUCAGCCCAAGCUUUCAGCCACGGAAAAGUGAAGAUUUUAGCAAAGCUGAAGAUGUGCAUUUUGUAGCAGUUUCUGCCACAAUGGCUGACUGUGACUUACACUGGGGAAGGCAGGAAGAACUGCUCUGAGAAACACGUGAUGCCAUCACCCCUUAGGAACUGAACAGGAGAGAGCAGCUGCUGCCUCCAGCCCGGCUUCAGCUGAGGAGGAGCUCCCUGGGAUCUGAUUCUCAAGCUGCGAUGAUUUGUAAACAACUCCUACUUUUUCAUGUCACAGUCCAGUUCUGGAUUCUUCCCAGAGGAAGGACGGGGCCCGGGUUGUUUUGCAAAAGGUUUAUUAGUGACAGCUCCAGAAUUUAUUUAUGAUCUUUCUCCUGGGAAGAGGGAAAAGCAGGGGACAGAGGGGGACAGGGAGGAGGGAGGAAGAGGCCAACAGACAAACUAGCGAUGGAGAUCCUUGGCUGGAUGCUGUAACCAGUGUUAAAUGUUUAUAAUGUUUAAAUGUUGCUUUAUACUAAGUGAUGCUUUUCUUCCACAACGUAAUCAAAAUGUUAAAAACAAAAAUAAUCUAAAGAGAAUGUUGGCUGAAAUUUCCCCACGGGGUCCCCAGAAUGACACGACAAUUACCUCUAACUUUUUUAUGAUCUGUAAUGUUCUUGCAACACCAUAUUCUUUUUACAGCAGUCAGUCAGCCAGCUAUUGAAAUAAUGAACUAGAAAUAAUUGUACCAAAGCACUGGGGACAAAAUGAGUAGACUAUUACCCUUAAUUGCUCAGGUAACUAAUUGAUAUAUUUUUUAAAACCAUUCUACAAGAAAAAAAUGAACAUUGAUUACACCAUAGUGUAGUAAUAUCCAAAUUAUUUUUUGACAAAUAUACCCUGCAGAUGACUCUAAUCCCUUUUCUACUCACUCGUGUAAUUACCAGCAGGAAAUGUUGUUUAUUUUAUUCUCAGCAUUUCUCUUUUACUCAGCCAUCACUGGUUUGUCAUUAUAUAUACAAAAGUUGUACGAG